AUGGUUCGCAUGAACGUUCUCGCCGAUGCGCUUAACGCCAUCAACAAUGCUGAAAAGCGAGGAAAGAGACAAGUUCUCAUCCGCCCUGCUUCCAAGGUUAUCAUCCGCUUCUUGACUGUCAUGAUGAAGCACGGUUACAUCGGAGAAUUCGAGAUCGUUGAUGACCAUCGCGCCGGAAAGAUUGUUGUCAACCUUACUGGACGUUUGAACAAGGCUUCCGUUAUCUCUCCAAGACUCAACAUUCGUCUUAAUGACCUCGAGAAGUAUACCAAUACUCUUCUCCCAUCGAGACAGUUCGGAUACCUUAUCCUCACCACAUCUGCUGGAAUCAUGGACCACGAGGAGGCCAGAAGAAAGCAUCUUGGAGGAAAAAUUCUUGGAUUCUUCUUCUAA